AUCUAUGAAGAUUAUCUCUAAAUUCAUUUUUUUAUAAUAUCUUAUAGAUAAUAAUUUUCUUAAUAUUUUAUUAAAUUCUAUUAAAUAUUAUAAUUUAUCAAUAUCCAUGAAGUUUGCUAUUNUAUAAAAAAUAACAUGAUGCUGAUAUUUAUAUUGUAUAUUAAAUUUAUAAAUAUUGAAAAUAAUUAAUAAAUAGUCCUUAUGAAUUAACCAUUAUUAAAUAAGCAAAACUUUGAUGGAUUAAUGUAAAAGGCUACAUCACUUGUAAAUUAAGCAAAAGAGUUAAAUGAUGAGAUUUAAUCAUCAGAUGAAACUUAAUUUGAAAAGAUGAAAGAAAUAAUUGAGAGUGCAAGAGCUUCUUAAUUGAAUUUGGGUUAAUAACUGGAAGUCUUAAUGGAGUAAUUAGAAAAGAUAGCAAAGGUAAUGUAAAUAUAUAAAAAAGUUAUCUGAAUAAAAGAAAAAAAUAAAAUAGUUGAAGGAUAUGUAUGCAAAGGAAAUAAAUAGAUACAAAUAGAUAUAGAAAAAUUUAAUCGAAGAAGGAUAUGAAAUAAAGAGGUAAAGUCUUCAUAGAAGAUCUACAUAAAUAUAAUAAUAUAAACCUAAUGUUUUAUAAUCAACAGUCACUGUUAAACAGUCUUAAAUUGAAUAAAAAUAGUUUGAAGAAUUAAUAGAGAUAUCUCAAUUAGAGAUUGAUAAUGCAGUCAUUAGAGAAAAGUAAAAUAAUAACAGAUAAUUUAUAGAUAGGAUGAAAUAGAUAUUAUUGAAAAAGAUGCUGUGCUUCUUAAUAAAAUUGUUAAUGAUAUGAGCACUGAAGUAAAUAAAUAAGGUGAAUAACUUAUUGAAGUUGAAUUGAACAUGGCAACUGUGUAAGAUAAUUUGAAGGUUACUGUCAAAGAGUUAGAUGGUGCUGGUGAUGAAUAAAAGAAAACAUUAAAAAAAUAUAUUAUUUUAGGAUUGAUAGGAUUAUUAGUUGCAGCAAUUAUUGUAGGAAUUUCUAUUUGGUAAGUAAAAAAACAUAAUUGA